AUGGUGGGUACUGCCAGGGGCUCCGACGUGAGCACGCGAAGGAUGGAGCUGGACUCGCUGCUGGUGGAGGAGCUCGGCCAGUUCGGCAGGUACCAGCUCCGCACCUUCCUGCUUGCCGCUGUACUGGUCAUGUUAGUAGCUUGGAGCAACUUGGAGUACGUUUUCUCCACGGCGCGCAUCAGCACCAGAUGUUUGAUUCCGGAGUGUGAAAAUGAGCCCACUGAAUUCGCUCCAUCCUGGUUGGUAAACGCAGUACCGCCGGGCUCCACGCAGGGGUCGUUCGACAACUGCGAGCGCUUCGGGAACUCCACUGCAUCACGACGGCAGUUCGAUAAUGACAUCUGUCCCAGCGAACUGUUUGACCAAGAGACGCGGCUACCCUGUGACACCUUUGUGUACGAAAACACAAACUCCGUAGUAUUCGAUUAUGGAUUGGCGUGUGACGAGUGGCGACGUUCGUUGAUCGGCACGGUGACCACGUUCGGCACGCUGACAGCUCUCCCCAUCACCGGCUACAUUUCAGACCGGUGGGGGCGGCGUGUGGCUCUAACCAUUAAUGCCUUUAACACGGCCUGGCUCGGCCUCGCACGUUACUGGGCCGACACUUACCUCGCUUUCGUACUGUCACAGUUUGCCGAAGCCACUUUUGGAUGCGGCUUGUAUUCAAGUAUUUACAUUUUAUUGACGGAGUUGGUGGGCCCCGAUUAUCGCGUCGCGGUGGGCGCAGCUCUUAAGACGUGCUUCGCACUGGGCCAGGUGACACUCGGUAUGCUCGCGUGGGCCGUGCCCAACUGGAGAAACCUUACACUGGUGAUCUACACUCCUCAGCUCCUCACCAUCCUUUACUACUGGAUUAUCAGCGAAUCUGUGAGGUGGUACAUGAGCAAGGGUCGCUUUGAUAAGUCAGAAGCUCUGCUGAAAAAGGUGGCCAAAGUGAACAGAAGGCAACUGUCUGACAAGUCACUGGAAGCGUUGCGUCAUACUGCGGAGGAGAAGCUACAGGGCGAUGUGAAGGUGGAAGGAAGUAGCGGCGAGCCAUGGCUCGUAGUGCAGGUGCUCCGACACAAGCCGAUACUAGUGCGGUGUAUAGUGUCGCCGGUGUGGUGGAUCACCACCACGUUCAUAUACUACGGGCUGUCGCUGAACGCGGUCAACAUGUCUGGCAACAAGUACUUGAACUUUAUAGCGGUAGCCGCGGUAGAGAUACCUGGCUUUUGGACUGCAUACUAUUUGAUGGGAACAAUUGGAAGGAAGCCAGUGCUUACUGGUGCCUUCUGGUUGUGUUCUGUAUGUCAACUCGCCUAUAUUUUCAUACCACAAGGAAUGUAUGUAGCCGCCCUGCUGGUGUACUUGAUCGCAAAGUUCGCUAUCGCGAUGGUGGCGACCUCUGUGUACGUGUACACGGCGGAGCUGUACCCCACCAAGUACCGACACACCUUGUUUGCGUUCUCCUCCAUGAUUGGUCGAAUUGGUUCCAUGCUGGCGCCACUCACACCUGCGUUUGGUGCGCAAUGGUUCGCGGAGCUGCCGUUCGUGAUGUUCGGUUCCCUGGCGCUUGUGUCUGGUGGCCUGAUCUUCCUCACGCCGGAGACCCUCGGCACUACUCUACCAGACACUUUCGACCAGGCAGACAGAAUCGGACAACCUGACCAGAAAAUUAAAACCUAA